ACCCACUUCCUGCCUGCGCUCACUCUUUUGCAGAGUCGGACACAGUCAGUUCCUGUGGUGGUGUGAGGUGUGAAGGAGAUGGCAGAAAAGAGCUUAGAUGUGAGCGUCUCCGCUUGCCGGAGGUGUUGCAGUCUUUCCGCCGAGAGCCGCACGCACAGCAUAGGAACGUCUAAAUGGGUCCGGCUGAAUGUGGGGGGCACCUAUUUCCUGACGACGCGGCAGACUCUAUGCAGGGACCCGAAAUCAUUUCUGUAUCGUCUUUGCCAGGCCGACCCUGACCUCGACUCCGAUAAGGAUGAAACUGGUGCCUAUUUAAUAGACAGAGACCCCACAUAUUUUGGUCCAGUUCUAAAUUAUCUGAGACAUGGGAAACUUGUCAUCAAUAAAGAUUUGGCAGAAGAAGGAGUCCUGGAAGAAGCAGAGUUCUAUAAUAUUACAUCCUUAAUAAAAUUAAUAAAAGACCGGAUAAGAGAGCGAGACAGUAAAACAUCUCAGGUUCCUGUGAAGCAUGUGUACAGAGUCCUGCAGUGCCAGGAAGAAGAGCUGACCCAAAUGGUCUCAACAAUGUCAGAUGGUUGGAAGUUUGAACAGCUUGUCAGUAUAGGCUCCCCGUACAGCUACGGGAGGGACCACCAGUCAGAAUUUCUGCUGAUUGUGUCGAGGGAAGUGAAGGGAGAGGAGACCGGUUUCCAGAACCGCAGCAGUGAGCUGGUCAGCAUUGGUUCUUCCUAUAAUUAUGGAAAUGAAGAUCAGGCAGAAUUUCUGUGCGUUGUUUCAAAGGAGCUGCAUAACGCCCCAUGUGGCACAAACAGUGAACCAAGUGAGAAGGCCAAGAUUCUACAAGAAAGAGGCUCACGAAUGUGAAAAAGUUCCAUGGACGUUGCCUGUCUAUGUAUGCAAAAUUAAAUACG